AUGUGGAAGGCCAUGUGCGUGUGGGUCAUUUUAUCUGGGGAAGAAAUGGCAGCAGGGUGCAUUAUGGGGAUAAAGAUUGUUGCAGACCACCCCUUCAUGGCAAUGUCAUUCCCUGAUGGCAGUAACCUCUUUCAGCAAGAUAACGCACCCCUCGGCACUGUGAAAAUUUGUAACCAGGAAUGGUUUGAAGAAUGUGACAAAGAGUUAACUUCAAAGCAGUUUGCAGAAGAGGUUCUGAAGGCUCACAACGAGAAACGAAAGAAUCACGGGGUGCCCACCUUGACUCUGAGCAGUAAACUCAACAGGGAAGCACAGCAAUAUGCAGAAGCCCUGUCAAGAACCAGAGUCCUGAAACACAGUGAUGAUUCCAGUAGGGGUCAGUGUGGAGAAAACCUAGCAUGGGCAUCCUAUGACGAGCCAGGCAAGGAGGUAGCAGAGAGAUGGUACAGUGAAAUUAAAAAUUACAACUUUAGAAGUCCUGGAUUCUCUUCAGGAACAGGUCAUUUCACAGCCAUGGUGUGGAAGAGUACGAAAAAAUUAGGAGUUGGCAAGGCUACUGCAAGUGAUGGCUCCACUUUUGUCGUGGCGAGAUACUUCCCUGCUGGCAACAUUACCAAUGCUGGUUACUUUAAAGAGAAUGUUCUACCUCCCAAGAAGUAACGUGGCAUUCAUUCAGUUGACCAUCAAGCAGCACACCUCAAACAGUGGACAAUUUUAUAUUAUAGACUCUUGCUUUUCCUAAAAUGAAUGUUCUUCUUUUAUUUUGUGUUCCUUUUCACUUUUCAGGUAUGACUUUUGCCCAAGGAGGUAAGGGGGUUAUGUAGUUGACUUGAUCUUUUUGUUUCUCCUUCUCUCUCUCUCUCUCUCUCCUUUUAUACACAAUCUGCUCCCCUUUGCCUUAGUGUUGAAGCCAAAGUGUAUUGUGGGUCGUCAGCUGCUUUGCCCGUUGUGAUAAACCUGCCAUUUAAAGGUAUGGACAGCAGGCGGCCUGUGCUUUCAUGUGCCUGAAGAGGUGUGAGGUGGGGUGGAGGAGACCACAGAUCGGUGCUGUUGGGUUUUCCAGCAUGUGUAGGAAUAUCAGGCAGGUGGGAUGUCUGCCUACAUUUUUAAGGAAUAUCCUGUGUGCCUAUUGACUAUUGAAACUCUUAGUAAUUGUGGUAUCAAUAUGGUCAGAAUGGAGACUACACUGAAGUUGGGUGUGUUUUGACUUAAUUCAGGGAUUGAUUAGUAGGCCUACAGAUAUCCACUGCUGUUUUUAUGAAAUGGUGCUGACGGCGGUCACGUCAACGUGCCUUACUAGGUCUAGUCAAUCCAGUCUUCUGUGGACCGGGCCACUGUGCCAAAUGACUCUUGUUAUGUAAUCAUCUACCUUCUCAUGACCCAUCAUGAAGUAACAUCUUGGGUGCCAUUUUCAGAUCUAAGCGUAUCACUGCUGAAUGUUGUCCACAACUGAACUCUGAAGCCAUUUCAGUUUUAAAGAAUAUUUGCUUGAAAUAAGAAACUCCAAUUACAGAGAGGCUCAGUGUGUGAGGCUGGUCACAAAAUUCUUUCUUUCUCUCUCUCUCUCUCCACUUGGCAUUACUUCUGGCCACCAUUUCUGCCCUCGCCCUGUUGCAGUGACAGUCGCUAUUUAUUGUACUCUUUUUUUUUUUUUUUUUUUAAGCCACAUGAGUGACUUGUGACAAAAUCUCAGCUCAGUAGGACGUUUUCCCAGCAGAAUGUCAGCCCUGUUACAUAAUUUUUUAUUUUAAAGUAUAUUGCACCACCUCCCUACUCUUAUCUUUGCACUCGGAGCUUUUUAAAAAUUCAAUUCCAGUAGUGAUAAAUGUGUUGGGUCUACGUGGGCAUGUUGAUAGCGAGCAGUGCCUGAUGGGAGCAACAAAUCUGGAAGUGGAGAUGCCUGGGUCUAGUAUUCCCAAAGGGAAAAUGUGGGAGAUUUUACAGUGUGGAUCUACAGGCUCUUUACAGUACUUGUGAAUUUUUUUGUUAUAAACCGCUCUUUAGUAUUAUUUUUAUUAUAACAAGUAAGUACAAUGUAUAAAGAAGUGGCAUUCAUUCUGCAAAUUCAGAACUUGAAGCAUUUCAUUGUAAUUAAGAUUUGUAAGCGGCCUUUAUUAAAUCUGAAAGCACUAUUGCCCCCCGCAAGUAUGGUACUGUAUGUAGCACCUUGCUUUCUGUUUGUAAUUUGGCUCAGGAUCAUCCAUCCUGGAAAAUCCACACCUUUUUAAAGCGUUGUCCUUAUUUUUAAAUACAUGUUGGAAAUAAAUUACGUAAUCUUUGCACAAAUA